CAGCUGCUCUUAGUUUGCGUCUGGAGGCGUUUUCCGUUCUCCGACGUUUGGAGUACUGGCCCGAGGAAGAGGAAGGAAAAGUAAGGAGUACACGUGUGCCGAGAUGUUAAUCACACGAGAAACGCACAGCAAAUAAAGGGAGCAACGGUACUUCUGGUACCUGCAGUGAAGACUAGCCUAAAAUACUGACAGCCAAACCCCAGGUCUCUGUAAGUGGAGAAUCUUCGCGUUGACUUUUGGGAAAUGUAGUUUGAGUGCUACAGACGUGGUCUGUGAUAGAAACUACAACCCCCAGAGGCCACCGAGACGUUGCUAGUCGUGGCCUGCGAACCAACGGUUCUGGAGUCCGGGUUUGCCUGAGAGCGUCCCUCUGUGAACAUCAUUGUACAGAUCUCUAGAGAAGAGGAGCCAUUUUUCUAAGGCUCAUGCAUAAAUGCUGAACACUGGGAUUGAUAAAUUAUAUGACAUUUGUAAUAAUGGAUUCUGAAUUAUCACACAGUGUAGUUGGAAGCUAUCUUAAACCUCCACAAAGAAUGUUUAUUCCAUCCUUCACUGAAAAUGAGCCAUUUCAGAAUUGCUAUGCUGUGAACUCUGAAGUUACCUCUUCUAAAAUGUUUAAUAGUCCAAAUAGCCAAGCACUCGUUUUAGCCUUAAAAACUCUUCAGGAAAAGAUCCAUCGUCUAGAGCUGGAGAGAGCACAAGCUGAAGACAACCUGAACGUUCUUUCCAGAGAAGCAGCACAAUAUAAAAAGGCCUUGGAGAGUGAAACAAAUGAGAGAAAUCUGGCACACCAGGAACUGAUAAAGCAGAAAAAAGAUAUAAGUAUACAAUUAAGCUCAAUUCAGUCUCAUUGUAUACUACUAGAGAAGCAACUAGAAUAUACAAAAAGAAUGGUUCUCAAUGUAGAACGAGAAAAGAAUAUGAUUCUAGAACAACAGGCCCAGCUUCAAAGGGAAAAAGAACAAGAUCAGAUGAAGCUACAUGCCAAACUUGAAAAGCUUGAUGUCUUAGAAAAAGAGUGUUUUAGACUGACAACAACUCAGCAAACUGCUGAGGAUAAGAUUAAAUAUCUGGAGGAAAAACUUAAGGAAGAAGAACAUCAGCGUAAGCUAUUUGAAGACAAAGCUUGUGAGCUUCAAACUGGACUUGAAAUCAGCAAAAUUUUAAUGUCCUCAGUUUCAAAUUCAAAAUACUGGAAGGAAAAGAAACCAUCAAAGAAAACUAAAUAUUUUAAAAAAGGACCACCUCAGCAAAUGUAUUCAAAGUUUAGAGCACCAUCUUCUGAGAGUGAAAAGUUGGUCAGUGCAGGCUGUUCUGUGAAUGCAAACUUGCAAAACCUUCUGCAAAUGGUACAUCACUGUGGGCCAUAUAGCCUUCAGAAACCUGCUGAAGUCACUGAGGCUAGGUGUCUCUACAAGCCUCUCAGAGGGACUUCUCAAUGUAAAGCCAUACCUCGUAACUCAGAAAGGCCUGUUUCCAUUUGUGACAAUUUGUCUGAACUUUUGGUGGCAAUGCAAGAUGAGCUGGACCAAAUGAGUUUGGAACACAAGGAACUACUACAACAAAUGAAACAAACUGGAAGCCAUUUAGUCUGUGAUGACAUCGACCAAGAGCUAGAGCAAUUAGUGAAGAAAAUGGAAAUCAAAGGAGAGCAAAUCUCCAAACUGAAGAAGCAUCAAGACAGUGUCCGUAAACUCCAGCAAAAGUUUCAGAACUUAUCUUCAGGUAUUCAUCAAGAACACAGCAACCCUAAAGGAUCCAAGAACAUAAAAAAUAGCCCUAGGAGAUGUCUAAAUGAAACUAACCCUUCUCAGAAAAGCAGCAACUUUCAUCCAAUGCAAGUUCAUAACCUUCAAGUCAAAUUGAGAAGAGAUGAUAUCACGUGGGAACAGUAGCACAAUAGCAAAACUGUCAACUUAAAUGAGCAUUGUCAGUGCGAUCUUACAUUGUCUAAAGUAGUUUCUAUUUAAAAUGCUUUUGUGAAAUUUUGAAUUAUGUUUCUGGCAUCUACAAAUUGUGAAGUUGUAUAUUUUCAGAUUAGUAUCUAAUGAUAUACUAAGAGUUCCAAAAUAAUAAAUGAUUGCUUUUUAUUGUUGUUAUUGACCAAAACCCCUUAACCUUAUAAAGUUUUUGAAACAUUCACAGCAGGUCUCAAGGUAAAUCUAAGAAGUUGUAUUGAAUUGAAAAUAUUCAAAAUCAAGAUAACUCUGAAACAUAAGUACUAUUCCACUCCUGUAUUUACUAGGCUUGUGACCUUAAGAUCAAUGUUAAAGGGCUGGAGAGAUGGCUCAGUGCUUAAGAGGACUGGCUGCUCUUGCAGAGGACCUGAAUUUGGUUCCCAGAACCCACGUGGCUGGCCUACAGCUGUCUGUAACUCCAAUUCCAAGGGAUUUGAUGCCCUCUUCUGACCUCUGUGGGCAUUGCACAAAACAGGCACACUUACCUACUUGCAAGUAGUAUACUUGUAAAGUAAAAAUAAUAAAUACAUUUUUAAAAAGGAUCGAUGUUAAAUGAACAGAAUCCCAAAAGGUGUUUUAGCUUUCCUAGAGCUACCUCCCUGUCUUGUUUUAAAGCUCUGCAGUAUUUUUUAAAAUAUUUUUUUUUUUUUUUUUUUUUCUUUGUGUAUGAGUGUGUUGCCUGCAUGACGAUGUAAGUGCACUUGUGUUGUUCAUUGCCCAUU